AUGGCAUCUUGUGUCCAUACCGAUGCCGCGGAUCUGAAUCCACCGGGACCUGCCCAAGCCGUCUAUCGAGAGGAUUGCACUCAGUGCUUUGAUUCUAUUGACGAUGAUGCCGGUCUAAAUGUCUGUCUCCAUUGCUUCAACGGUGGAUGUGCUGGAAACAGGGACCAUGCCCUGCUUCAUUACAAGAGAUUUGGCCAUUCACUGGCUUUGAAUAUUCGAAGGACCCCCAAGAAAAUACAGCGAGACGAGCCCCCGCCAAAGAUUUCCAAGCUUUCCAUCGCAGCCGAAACAGAAGAGGAUAGGUAUGACAUUGCUACGUCAGUGGUGUGCUAUACAUGUUCUCGUGACGAUGUGGACAAAACCAGUGGCAAACUUCCUGCUGUCAUCGAAGGUGUUAUGACCGCAAUGACUUUCUCAGCAAAGGAAGAAGUUAAAGCUUGGGAGCAAGAGUUUGUUCCUUGUGAGCAUACAUUCUGUCUGGUUCAACAGGACAACACGCAAGCCGUGUCGACAGAUUCAAACCAUUGCUCAGAGUGUGACUUGGGGGAGAACCUCUGGCUGUGCCUAGAAUGUGGAAACAAGGGUUGUGGGCGAAGUCAAUUCGGUGGAAGCAAGGGAAAUUCACAUGGGCUUACUCACGCAAACUCAACAUCACAUGCUGUGGCUGUCAAGCUCGGCUCCAUCACAGCAGAAGGCUCCGCUGAUGUCUAUUGCUACAAGUGCAACGAAGAAAGAGUAGACCCAGAACUAGCGAACCACCUUGCGCACUGGGGAAUCUACUUGGCUGGACGUGAGAAGACAGAAAAGAGUCUAAUGGAGAUGCAGGUCGAGCAUAAUCUCAAAUGGGAAUUUUCCAUGACGACCGAGGAUGGCCGGGAACUGACCCCGGUCUUUGGGCCUGCUUUCACAGGCCUGGCGAAUCUUGGAAACAGCUGCUAUCUCUCCAGCAUCAUGCAAUGCAUAUUUUCUGUGGCUGGAUUUCGUGAGCGAUACUAUCAGCUGUCAGAAGAACCACCACUAUGCCAAGCACCAGCGCAGGAUCUCGAGACACAAUUGCAAAAGCUUGCCGACGGUCUGCUCUCAGGACGGUACUCUCAACCUGAUUCUCGCCUUCUGUCCGCAGACAACUCAGAAGUCGCUCAUCAGAAAGGUUUAUCACCAGCAAUGUUCAAAUAUCUUAUUGGCCAAGGUCAUGAAGAGUUCGCGACCAUGAGACAGCAGGAUGCUUUUGAGUUCCUUCUUCAUCUAUUCAAAUCAGUCAGCCUAUCGAAACACACCAGUCCGCAGGUUAACCCGGUACAGGACUUUCGCUUCCAAGUUGAGCAGCGUCUUCAGUGUCUGCAUUGCAAGAAAGUCCGCUAUAAAGUGGAUGAGCAAGAUAACAUUUCGGUUGCUGUUCCCGCACGUCCUACUACCACUUCUGACGGAACAGGAAAGGAAUACGAACCUGUGAAUUUGUCAGAGUGUCUAGACAUCUUUACUUCGGCGGAGGUCGUUGAGCUUACAUGUCCUGCUUGUGGCAGCCAAAGUGGCUUUUCCAAGCAGUCAUCUUUCAAAACAUUGCCUCGGGAAUUGGUGGUCAAUGCUCGUCGGUUUGAGCUCGUCAACUGGGUUCCUACAAAGUUGGAUAUCCCUGUGCUGGUCGACGAUAAGCCACUAGAUUUCAGCUCUUACCUUGCUCGUGAGCAUGACCCUGGUGAGGAGCAACUUCCGGAUAUUGAAGAAUCCACCACAUUUGUCCCGAAUCCGGAAGCUCUCGACCAACUCAUGGGCAUGGGGUUCCCUGCUGUGAGGUGCGAGAAAGCUUUGCAUGCCACUGGUAACUUGGACGCGGAAGCUGCCAUGAAUUGGCUGUUUGCCCACAUGGAAGAUCCAGACAUCGAUGAACCGCUGGCCCUCGAGCGAGGUGGCACCUCUAGUUCUAGAGAGCAAGACGCAACAAAAAUUGCGCAACUAGGAGAUAUGGGUAUUGAGCCGUCUCGUGCCCAGCGAGCGUUGGCCGCGACCGACGGAGACGUUAACAGGGCACUGGAUUGGGUUUUCACUCACCCGGAUGAUGUGGUGGAAAGGGAAGACCCGGGUGUCGACGACCACAACGCACAAUCUCCCGGUGGCCCAGUUGGGCUCACCAGCUUACCUGCUCGUUAUGAAUUAAGGUCGAUUGUAUGCCACAAAGGCACAUCUGUCCAUGCAGGGCAUUAUGUUGCCGUGAUUCGCAAACCCUUGUCAGGUCAAAGUGGCUUGUCAUGGGUGAUGUUCAAUGAUGAAAAAGUUGUCCAGUUCGAAGAUAUCGAAGCGAUGAAGAAAAGCGCAUAUCUUUACUUCUUCACAAGGGUCUAG